ACAGUUUUGUGUAAACUUUUUAGUGUAAGAUUUCAACAGUCAGCACAUACGUAGAAAUAUUUGAUCGAAAUUCUCAAUAUUUUAGCCUAAAUGUUUUUGGAUUAUGGACGUGCAAAAUGCAAGCAGUCAAACUAUACCCUCCUACAUGAAGUAUGUCCUCGGGGGCACCGCUGGCAUGUUGGCGUCCGUCAUAGUGCAACCCCUGGAUCUGGUGAAAACGCGAAUGCAAGUGGCCGGUGCGAGUGGCAAGAGUGAAUAUAAGAGCUCCUUCGACUGCAUGGCCAAGGUCUUAAAGUCCGAGGGCAUAUUGGCAUUCUACAACGGCGUCAGCGCAGGAUUGCUGCGACAGGCGACGUACACAACAACACGCAUGGGCGUCUAUCAGAUGGAGGUGGAAGCCUAUCAGAAAAACUAUCAGAAAUCGCCCAACGUGCUCGCCAGCAUGCUGAUGGGCAUCGUUGCGGGCGCAUGCGGCGCUGUGGUUGGCAAUCCAGCCGAGGUCUCGCUCAUACGAAUGAUGGCCGACAACCGGCUGCCGGAGGAUCAGCGGCGUAAUUAUAAGAAUGUCGGCGACGCCAUGACACGGAUAAUACGCGAGGAAGGUGUGUUGGCGCUGUGGCGUGGCUGCAUGCCAACAAUAGGGCGUGCCAUGAUUGUGAAUAUGGUGCAGCUGGGAUCGUAUUCACAAUUUAAGAUCCUCUUCAAGGAGUAUAUGAACGAAGGACUUGGUUUGCACAUUGUGGCAAGCAUGUGUUCGGGUCUAUUGACCACGAUCGCCUCGAUGCCAAUGGACAUGGCCAAGACACGGAUACAGAAUAUGAAGAUAACGGACGGCCACCGCGAGUAUAAGGGCACGUUGGAUGUCCUCGCCACCGUGACACGCAACGAGGGCGUAUUUUCAUUGUGGAAGGGUUUUACGCCCUACCUAUGUCGGCUCGGGCCACACACGGUGUUUGCUUUCGUCUUCCUCGAACAACUCAACGCGGCCUAUUACAAGUAUGUCCUCGGCGUGGAAUCCAAGCAGCCGGGUUUGUAAUUAAAUCUAAGUUUUUAACUAAAUGACUAUGUGCGUGCAAGAUCAGUAAGCAAAAUUUCAAAUUUCCGAUUUCCAUUUCCGAGAAUUUCCAUUCAGUUGUAUUUAAAGGACACUCAUCUGAAAACGAGCAUGCAAAAUUUUACAGACUUACACUACAUUAAGCAAUAAAUUUUAGUUUAAAUAUCAUUAUUGAUAACAGCUAAAAGCUAAGCUAAAGACUAAAUAUAUAAAUUUGUAUCAAGAAACUAUAAAGACUUGAAACUCAGGCUCUGUAGCAUCAAAGCUGUAGCUUUUGCCUUUGACAUCUCUCAGAUUGACUCUAGUGUACAUCUAUACAUAAUUAAAUGACCAGCCAAAUUCAACAAUAAACAAAUAAAUAAAAUA